AUGACGGUGGAAGGGGCUCUCUGGGUCGACCGUUCGGGGAGAGACAGAGGAAUCCCAGCUGCGGCCACUGCAGGGACAAACUACGACGCCUUCUCGUCCGUGCGACCACCGCAGGUGUCGGGCUACGUCUGCCUGGUCAUUCAGGUCAACGUUGCUUUGGACAUGAUUCGCCGUCUGUAUCUGGAAAUCUUGCGGAGGCGACAGCCGUUACGCCUGGUGGCGACCCGAAGGCAGGGUCCUGAGGAUAUGUACUUCUUCCCAGAGUCCUAUCGCAUGCCGAUGCAGUCCACACUUCCGGAUGUGUCCGACUUGCAUCUGGGCUUGCCGGUGCCCUCUGACGAAACAGGUGAGGCGGCCGAUGUCCCGGCGUAUAUACACGUGCCACUCCGGCUGGACGAGAUCGACCCAGGCUUGCUGAAAGGAACGCUGGCUGCAGAUGGCAGCAGUACCACCGAUGUCAGUGAGACAAGCACGGUGGAAGAGGAUCCGAUCACAGAGGUCCGGUGCCUUUCCAUUGCGGCUUCCUUGCUCGUGGCCUCAAGCAUUGCAAGGAGCCCUGGAUGGAAAGCCAACGUCUCUGCUUUUGAUUUACUAUGGCACAGCAUCUUCGGUUUGUCUGACAUAGAUCCUUUCACGCGGGGAGGCGCUAGCAACUUUGCUGCAACCCAGGCUACGCCUACACCUGGUAUGGGAACGCAGGCCUGA